AUGACGACUCGCUAUCGCGUUGAAUAUGCUCUCAAGACCCAUCGUCGGGAUCAACUAAUUGAAUGGAUCAAGGGUCUACUGGCUGUCCCCUUUGUUUUGCAUUCCCAGCCCACCGCCAUUUACCAGGAACAUGGCGAAGGCCUGAAAUCGGUCGCGGCCGACACCCACCUGCGCUAUGCAGAGAUUAUGCGUGAUGUGGAGAAUCUAAUGCUCGAUCAUAUCCACCACCAUGAACGCAACGCCCCCGGCAAAUCCAAGUUAAAUUUGCUGGUGCCUACAGUCGGUACAUUCUUCACCCAGUUAUAUCUGGAGGAUGCCUUCAAGUAUCAGGAUCAGCAACGGUUUAUCAGUCGGCGCAGAUUCGUCGCUCCGUCGUUCAACGAUAUUCGGCUCAUCUUAAACUCCGCCCAGCUCUUGGGUCUUGUUCGCUCUAGUGAAGUGCAAUUAGUCACCUUUGAUGGAGAUGUAACUCUCUAUGAUGAUGGCGCGUGCCUUACUGCCGACAACAUAGUCAUUUCCCGGAUUAUGCGACUCUUGCAACGGGAUUGCAAGGUCGGCAUUGUGACCGCCGCCGGAUACACCGAGGCGCCCAAGUACUACGAGCGGCUGCACGGACUUUUGGAUGCGAUACACGAGUCGGCCCUGCUGACCACUGCCCAAAAACAGGGAUUGAUUGUCAUGGGUGGCGAGAGCAAUUUCUUAUUUCGCUAUGACCCAACCUCGGAUGCCCGGUUGAGCUAUGUGCCGCGGGACGAGUGGUUGUUGGAUGAGAUGCGAGCCUGGAGUGAUAAUGAUAUUACCCAGCUGCUCGAUAUUGCAGAGUCGGCAUUACGUGCCUGUGCCGAUAAUCUCAGUCUGCCAGCUGCUGUUCUGCGCAAGGAUCGUGCGGUGGGUGUCUACCCUGUCAACGGUGUGCGGAUCAAUCGGGAGCAGUUGGAAGAAACUGUCUUGGUUGUGCAAAACACAGUACAGCGAUCGGCUGUUGGGUCCCGGCUGCCUUUCUGUGCUUUCAACGGCGGAAAUGACGUGUUUGUGGAUAUCGGUGACAAGUCGUGGGGUGUUCGUGCUUGUCAGCAAUAUUUCGGUGGCAUUGAUCCAUCGAAAACACUUCAUGUUGGCGAUCAGUUCUUGUCAGCCGGAGCGAAUGACUUCAAGGCCCGUCUUGCGUCUACGACUGCCUGGAUUGCGAGCCCUGCCGAGACUGUGGAGCUCUUGGAUGAGUUGGAGAAUGCAGUUCACUCAAGGUGA